AUGAAGCAAUUCGGCACGACGUACGAGUCGAUUCAACUAGCCACAGGCGAGCGGGUGGCAGCGAAAGCGAUCGAGAACAAGGAAGUGCGUAUAAUGAAACAGGUGCGUGUAACGAAGAAGGCGUACAAUGAAGCAGGUGCUUGUAACGAAGCAGUUGCGCAGAGCGAGAGUGAAAGGAGCAAGCUGGGUCAAUUCAACAUUUACCGGCGCGCGAUUGGCAGGUGCGUAUUCAAAGGAGAUGAAGCUGCCUAUAGCAGCGGCGGACGUGCGGAGGGAGGUGGCGAUAAUGAAGCUGCGAUGAAGCUGCCUAUAGCAGUGGAGGACGUGCGGAGGGAGGUGGCGAUAAUGAAGCUGCUGUCGGGCCAUCCCAACGUGGUGCAGUUCAUUGACGUGUUUGAGGACACCGACUUUGUGUACAUCUGCAUGGAAAUCUGUGAGGGUGGCGAACUCCUUGACCGAAUCCUUAGCAAGCGGGAGAACCGGUAUUCAGAGAAGGAUGCAGCAGGGGUGGUGCGGCAGAUGCUGAGCGUGGUGGCCAAGUGCCAUCUGCACGGGGUCGUGCACCGCGACUUAAAGCCCGAGAACUUUCUCUUCAAGUCCAAGGCAGAGGACGCGCUCCUUAAAGCCACCGACUUUGGCCUCUCGGAUUUCAGAAAACCCGGCAAACACUUCACAGACGUGGUGGGAAGCGCCUACUACGUCGCACCUGAGGUGCUCAAGCGGCGGUCGGGGCCGGAGAGUGACGUGUGGAGCAUCGGGGUUAUCACGUACAUUCUUCUGUCAGGGAGGCGGCCAUUCUGGGAUAGAACGGAGGCGGGGAUAUUCAACGAGGUGCUGAAGAAGCGGCCUGACUUCAGGGAGAAGCCAUGGCCUAAUGUGUCGUCCAGCGCCAAGGACUUUGUGAAGAAGCUUCUCAAGAAGGACCCCCGCGCCCGACCCACUGCCGCCCAGGCCUUGUCACACAAGUGGGUGAAGGAGGGGGGCGAUGCUUCGUCAGUCCCGCUGGACAUAGCAGUGCUGUCCAACAUGCGCGAGUUCGUCAAGUACUCGCGCCUCAAGCAGAUGGCGCUCAAGGCCCUUGCGACAACACUGGAGGAGAAUGAGGUGCAGGCGUUGAGGGAUCAGUUCAACGCGAUGGACAUUAACAAGGAUGGUACCAUCACGAUUGAUGAGAUCAGACAGGCACUAAGUCACGACCUGCCAUUUGAAGUGAAGGAGUCGAGAGUGCUGCAGAUCCUCCAAGCGAUGGACACCAACUGUGACGGGAUUAUUGACUUUGAUGAAUUUGUGGCAGCAACGCUGCACGUGCAGCAGCUGGAGGAGGCCGACUCCACCAAGUGGCAGGAGCGCUCGCGAGCCGCAUUCGCCCAGUUUGACCGCGACAACGACGGGUACAUCGAUGCGGAGGAGCUGAGGAUGGCUGCCCAAGUUAAUUUUCCGUUGGAUAACCUGAUAGCAGAAGCCGACACGGACGGGGAUGGCAGAAUCAGCCUGCCCGAUCAUGCCCAUGCCCACUCCCACGACCAUUCCCACAGCCACGGCCACCACCAUCACCACCACCACUGCUGCCCAUCGCCCACCACCCUCAACGCAGCCCAGCGCGCCCUCCUCUCGCUCUUCUCCUUCCUCCGCCUCGCCCCUCUGGCCGACCGCAUGAGGGAGAGCGCGCCCCUCGCCUCUCUCUCCCUCGCGCUCUGCCUUGCUGCCUACGCUGUGCCGCUGCUUGUGCCGCUCGUUGUCCAGAUGCAAUCCCAGCCGUUGGUGGUGCAGAUGCUGCAGACGGGGCUUGUUGCUGCAGCUUUCCCUCUCACUGCUAUCCCAGCAACCAUGGAUGCAUUGGUGGAUAUAGCAGGCGGGGCAGUGAACAUCCACGUGCUCAUGACCGUCGCAGCAUUGGCAUCAGCGGCCAUGGGGAAUGCACUCGAGGGCACUCUGCUGCUCGCUAUGUUCUCCAUCUCCCAUAUAGCGGAGCAUUAUUUCACCGAAAAGGCUCUGGGCGACCUUCGCUCCCUGCAGGACAACAACCCUUCCACUGCUCUGCUCAUCGAUCCCUCGUGCCUCUCUUCUGUCGGUGCUUCUACUGCUGCUGCUGCUUCUGAAAACGGUGCCAGUGGCGGCAGCAACAGCAGCAUCAGCAACGGCAGCAGCAACGGCAGCAGCAGCAGCAGCAGCAGCAGCAGCGGCGACGGUGGGAGCGAAAGGAGAGAAGGCGGGGUGGUGUUUCCGGGUCUGGCUGCCCUCUCCUGGUCCGAAGUGCCUGUAGCAGAUGUGCCGGUGGGGGCUAUGGUGCUGGUCAAAGCGGGCGAGGUGGUCCCUCUAGACGGCACCGUUCGCUUCGGCCGCUCCCUCGUCACCGCAGAGCACCUCACAGGCACCUACCUUUCUCUUCCUUCCCUGCUGCUCUGCUCUUUCAUAUUUUCCCCCCACCCUUCAGGUCGUCCCCCUAGAUGGCACCGUCCGCUUCGGCCGUUCCCUAGUCACCACAGAGCGCCUCACCAGGUGGUCCCUCUAGACGGCACCGUCCGCUUCGGCCGCUCCCUCGUCACCACAGAGCACCUCACCGGCGAAGCCCACCCUGUCGAGAAGCUUCCCGGAAACACCCUCCCGGGCGGCUCGCGCACCGUCGACGGCUUCCUCGUCGUGGAAACUUCCCGGAAAUGGUCCGAGUCCACCGUGGCUCGCAUAAUGCAGCUCACAGAGCAAGCCAGCUCGCCAGGGGUGCGGGGGUCACUGUAUCGGGCACUGGCAGUGAUGGUGGCGGCGUCGCCCUGUGCCCUCGCUGUUGCUCCGCUCGCCUACUUCUGUGCUCUCACUGCCUGUGCAGCCAAGGUGAGCCCGGUGCUGUUCGGCUGGCCGUUUUUGAGCUCGCCAGGGGUGAGGGGGUCACUGUACCGGGCGUUAGCAGUGAUGGUGGCGGCAUCUCCCUGUGCUCUUGCUGUCGCUCCCCUCGCGUACUUCUGUGCUUUGACAGCAUGCGUGGGCAAGGUGAGACUCUCUAGAAGUCCUAGCAGCUCUAGAAGUCGUGUUGAGCUCGCCAGGGGUGAGGGGGUCACUGUACCGGGCACUGGCAGACUGGCAGUGAUGGUGGCGGCGUCCCCCUGUGCUCUAGCUGUUGCUCCCCUCGCCUACUUCUGUGCUUUGACGGCAUGUGCGCGCAAGGGCAUUCUACUGAAGGGCGGCCAUGCCCUGGACGCCACAGCAGCGUGCGACACAGUGGCGUUUGACAAGACCGGCACGCUCACCACCGGCCAACUCGCCCUGCGCUUCAUCCAACCUCUGCACUCCCACGCACCGCACACCACUCCCUCCCUCCUCACCCCCUCCUCCCCCGUCCCUCCCUCCGACUCCACACCUUCCUCUCCCUCCUCCUCCACCUCCUCUCCCUUCUCUUCCUCCUCCUCAUCCGCCUCUUCCUCGUCCUCCUCUCCUAAUUUCGUUGAAAGCGAGAAAUUCUGGGAAGACUGUGCAAUGGAGGGGACAGGGGGAGUGCGCAGACACAGUCACGAGUGGGAGGAGACAGGAGUGGUGGUGGAGUGCAGCAGUGCAAGCUGUGAGGCAGAGGCGCUUGCAGUGGCUGCUGCACUCGAGCAAGCAGCCACGCACCCCAUUUCCAGGUGCGUUCGGCUGGGCGUUGAAUGGGUGAGUGUGGGAAUGUUGAGUCGUGUCAAGGCUCGACAGGCGUGGUGGUGGAGUGCAGCAGUGCGAGCUGUGAGGCGGAGGCGCUGGCAGUGGCUGCUGCUCUCGAGUAAGCCGCCACGCACCCCAUUGCCAGCUGGUGCCGGGGCGAGGGCUUACCCCGCUCCCCUUUCGGACUCCCUGCUCUUUUUCCCCACUCUUCCCCACCCCCACCACCAACAGGGCGCUACAAGAGGAUGCAGACAGCAGGCGAGCUACUCUGACCGGAGUGAGCGUGGAUCAGCUGCUGUGCCGGGGCGAGGACUCACAUCCCAGCCGUUGCCAACACCCCCUUCCCUUCUCGUCCCCCUUCUUCCUUCCCCCCUUCACAGGGCGCUACAAGAGGAUGCAGACAGCAGGCGAGCUACUCUGACUGGAGUGAGUGUGGAUCAGUUGGCCCUACAGGAAUAUGCGGACACCAGAAGAGCUACUCUCACAGGAGUGAGCGUGGAUCAGCUGCAGCUGGUGCCGGGGCGAAAGCUCACUCACUCCCCUCUGUUUCUGCUCUUUUUCCCCCGUGUUCUCCCUGACAGGGCCCUACAGGAAUAUGCGGACACCAGGAGAGCUACUCUCACAGGAGUGAGCGUGGAUCAGCUGCAGCUGGUGCCGGGGCGAAAGCUCACUCACUCCCCUCUGUUUCUGCUCUUUUUCCCCCGUGUUCUCCCUGACAGGGCCCUACAGGAAUAUGCGGACACCAGGAGAGCUACUCUCACAGGAGUGAGCGUGGAUCAGCUGCAGCUGGUGCCGGGGCGAAAGCUCACUCACUCCCCUCUGUUUCUGCUCUUUUUCCCCCGUGUUCUCCCUGACAGGGCCCUACAGGAAUAUGCGGACACCAGGAGAGCUACUCUCACAGGAGUGAGCGUGGAUCAGCUGCAGCUGGUGCCGGGGCGAAAGCUCACUCACUCCCCUCUGUUUCUGCUCUUUUUCCCCCGUGUUCUCCCUGACAGGGCCCUACGGGAAUACGCGGCCAGGAGAGCCUCUCUCACGGGGGUGAAUGUCGAUCAGCUGCAGCUGGUGCCGGGGCGAGGGCUCAACCCCCCCUCUUUCCGCCCGCUCCCCUUCUCUCCCACUUCCCACCUUCACAGGGCCCUACAGGAAUACGCGGACAGCAGGAGAGCUACUCUCACGGGGUGGGGUGCAGUGCGGUGUUGGUUGAGUGAAAGGGAUGUGGAUCAGCUGCAGCUGGUGCCCGGGCGAGGGCUCACAGCCACCAUUUCCAGCAUGCCUGGCGAGAGCGACAGGUGGGGCCCGCACGAGGCUCGCAUUGGCUCCCUGGAUUUCAUUGCUGAGGUGGCAGAGGAUCGUUGGGCGAGCAGAGCAGCAGCAGGAACAGUACAGGGUGGUGAUGGGUUUGACAGAGAUAAGGCAGCACGAGCAUCAGGAGCAGCAGCAGCAGACACACCAUCAGUAUCCCAGUCAAACCCACCACCACCCCCAACUCUCCCGCCAAGCGACCUAAUCCGAGCAGCUUUGGCAGUGGGGCAAAAGGUAACCCUCUUUCACUUCGAAGAUCAGCUUCGGCCCGGAGCUAAGGAAGUGGUUCGGCAGCUGCAGCAGCAGGGGGGGCUGAGAGUCCAAAUGCUCACUGGGGACCAUGCAGCUUCGGCACACAGGGUAGCAGCAGCGGUGGGGAUAGAGGGAGGGGAAGUUGAGGCGGGGUUGAGACCGGAAGAUAAGCUGAGGGCGGUUGAGGAGAUGACUGGGAGGAUGGGGAGGGAGGGGAGGGGAGGCGUGCUGAUGGUGGGGGAUGGGAUCAACGACGCGCCUGCUCUGGCUGCUGCCACGGUUGGGGUGGUGCUGGCAGAGCGAGCGAGUGCAACAGCAGUGGCAGCAGCAGACGUGCUUCUAUUGAAGGACAAUAUCUCAGAGCUCCCGUUCCUAGUAGCCAAGGCUCGGCAAACCACCCUCAUUGUGAAGCAGAGCGUGGCUCUUGCACUGACUUACAUUCUGCUCGCACUCCUCCCCGCCAUUCCUUCCCUCCCUCUGUUUCCCUUUGCCUGUGCUCCUCCCGUCCCUUUCCUCCAACCCCAUCCUUGCCCUCCUCCACACCAGGUGAAGCAGAGCGUGGCUCUCGCACUCACAUGCAUUCUGCUCGCACUCCUCCCCGCCCUUCUGGGGCACAUGCCUCUCUGGCUCACGGUGUGUGCAGUUGGCACGCUCAACCCGGCACCUCUUCGCCGCCCCGGCCUCACAUCUCCCCUGCUCCCCUCUCCUUGUUCUGGUUACACCUCAGGUGUUGCUUCAUGA